AUGAAAAGAAGAAUGAAUACAGAAGUUGGAGAUUUUAUUAGAAAAGAUCUCAAAAAUGAUUUUAAUUCAAGUUAGUAUAAUUUUACCUAAAAUAAACGAUAUCUUCGCUUAAAAUCUGAUGCUAGUGAAUCUACUGUUUAAUUGAAAAGAUCAAAUACAAUUAAUCCGUUCAUAUUUCAAUAAGAACUCAUAUCAAUUGAUUAAACUAAGUUAAAUAAUAUGACAAAAUAGUCCAUUAAAGGUUAAACUGAAUAAAUGAAGAAUUUAUAAUAGUAAGAUCUCAAUCUACAAAAAAAGAGCUAUUACUUAAAUAAGAAUUUAGACAGAUUUGAACAUAAAAUUAUUGUUAAUAAAGGUAUAUAUAAUAUUUCUAAAAGAUUGAGAUUAAUUUACAAAACGAAGAAGUUAGUUGUUGAAAUAACUUAUGUUAAUUAAAUAAAAUGAUAGGAGUAAGUCGAAUUAUAAUUUGUCCAUUAAAGAUAAUGAUAAAAUUAAAACAAUUCUUUAAGUUCGAUCAAUUAUGAAUUUUGAAGGAAGAAUAGAAUAAGAAUAGAGAAGAUAUUAAAGAUAAAAUCAAAUUGAUAUAAGAAUGAGAUAAAGAUUGAUUAGUUGUUUAGAAUAAAAUUAAGAAAGAAGCUCGAAUAGAUAAAAUAUCAAUUUUUCUGGUUUUACAAUAUAAAGAAAAGAAUUAAUAAAUAAAAAUAACUCUUAAAUAAAACUAAGAGUAUAAUAAAAAUUUUUUUGUAACAAAGAAAUAAAUACUGAUUGA